CUGCACCCCACAUGGGGCUCGAAUUUACAGCCCCAAGAUCAAGAGUCAUACGCUCCACCAACCAGCCAGGCACCCCUCUUUUUACGUUUUUAAGGUGCCUACUAGAAAAUUUAAAAUUUCACACGUGGCCUACAUUAUGUUCAUAUCGGACAAUGCUGUUCUAGAACACUAACGUAACAGAAACAACAUGAUUGGUGUUCUUUGUUCAGAUGACCCCAUUUCUCAAUCCCCUUGUUACCAUUUCACCUUCUGUUAGCUCAAAUCAAUAUUUAUAUCAUUCUUCCCUAUGAAUGUUUGCUGUUCCCGCCAUUACUCUCCUCACCACCUUCCUCAUCUCCGUCUUUGCCAUCAUUGUUCUAGGGCUUCUAUCCAGUAGUCGGACAGUCCUAAGAGCCACUGUACAAGCAAGCACCUUUGCUCAAAGCUUUUGGCCAUGACACUCUGUCAUUUCCGGAAGCAAGAGCCUCACCUGGGAGCUGGUUAGGAAUGCAGAGUCUCAGACCCCACCUAGACCAGUGAAGCAGUCUUCUAUUUGACAGGGGGACCCCCAGGGGAUUUGUCUGCUCUUGAAAAGGUGCAUGGUGAGAGCUUUGCCAGUCAUCUUUCCUAAAGCACCCCCAUUUUAGUUCAUCUCCACAUCUGUUCCUUCGGUUGGAUUUGAUGAAGUUUCUACAAGGUUGAGGUAACAUGAAAGUUGUGGCUAAGAGAAACUAGCUCCCUCUCUCAAAAAAGAAUAGUUCAGCAGUGAAUUUUGGGCACAUGGCAUCCAGAAGGUGAGUCCAGAGAUUGAAAUCCUGCAAAUAGAUUGAGAGAUCCUUCUCUCUCUCAGGGACACAUGACCGUGCCCUUCCCCCAUCUCCAGAGCGUUAGAUCUGCUGGGGAAGUGAGUCUCACCUCGCUGCGUCUAGUGUAUGUCCGACUGCUGCAGCCACGGGCCACGUUCCAGAGCUCUACAUACACCGUCCCUGCAGCCAGACGUCUUCCUAGGCGUGGGCUGACUGUGGGGGCCUGAGGAGGGAAUGUGUGGUCCAGGUCAGGAAAGGGGGCACCUACCAGAAUGCAGCCCCUGAGUCCUGGUAACAAGCACUCCAAGUGACUAAGGGGCACAGGAAGUCAGAGAACCACUGCUCUGUAGCCUGCUCUCAUCCCGGGCUAUUAGCACGGAUCAUAUUUUGGGGCAUCUUUAAUUUCUCUUCUAUGCCACAGGCUCCUUGGGCUCCCCGAGGCCCUGGUAGAUGUUGAAAAUACUCAUUGAACAAAUUAGCUUUCCGUUUUGUAGAGCCCUCACACCUAUCAUCUCUGACUUGACCAAAUGGGAAGGGACGGGGACAAUGAGAGGCUUGAAGCCAAAUUGCAGUCAGGCUGUUAAGCGCAGACGCGUCCUCAGAGGAAAAGCAGGGCUGAGGGGAAGUGAGGGUGGAGAGCCAGCCCCAAAUUGAAGUGCACACUCACACAAAGGAAUUGGAGCACGCUGUCCUGACUCCCAGUUUCCCCUUACCAGCACCUCUUGUCACUGUUUUUCUGUUGCUCUUUUUUAAUGUCACAAUGAGCUCUAAUUUGAGCCGCUUUUAUCGUCCCCUGAAGACUUUUGAGUUGCUCUGUGGGUGUCACAAAAACUGAAACCCAAUCCAUAUUCCCUGGGCUUUGGGGAAGUGGAACCAUGGGUGCGCUGGUCAUUUUUAGCAGUCGUUGGAGUAGAGCCAAAGCUCCCAGAGAUACGAGAACUAUUGAGAAUCGCCCGAUUGGCCGUUGGAAUUAGCCGUUAAACAAAGCAGCCAGUAAUUGAACACUGGGGACCUUCUUGAACUCCAGUUGGGUGGGAGACCUUCCAGUGUGCGUGUCAGCCCCGAACUAGGACAGAAAGGUAGAGAGUUGAAACACAGCGGGCCAGGGACAAAGCCGCUGAUAAAAGCACUCUCCUCUCCGCCCUUUGUCUGGGAGUUUCGCCUCGUCUCAGACUCACUUCCUUUCUUUGUCGCCGCACUCUAUUCUCAUGCUGUCCUGCCUGGUCAGAUUUACUAACUAGCGGAAGAGACACCCCCAAGGGAGGCCCCGGGCUCGCGUUCCAUAAUGAAUCUGAUCCAGGGACUCAAUGCUGUCUGGUACACAAAAGAAUCUUGUUCUAUGGAUUGAAAGCAGAAAUAAGGGAAGGGACAUUUUGGACAUCGACUCAGGUCUCAUUCACUUAAUCAUUUACAGGGGAGCGGGUUCUUUGUUGUAGUGAUUUCAGAAAAGUGCCGGUGUUUAUCAUUUAUCUUUUCCCGAGCAUACUUCCAAAAGACUCGACACACAAUAAAAGGAGUUUUCUAAAGCGCCACUUUCCCUGACAUGCUCUGUUUCAAAACCUAGCCCUUCACAGCCACCGAGCAUCUUACCAACACCACGUUAAUUGUCGCCCCCCCCGGGGAUUGACACACAUCCCGAAUGCCACACUUUUCAGAAAGAAGUUACAAGUUUAGACCAUCACGUCAGCCACAGAAUGGAAAAUCAGCAUUGGCAUCAGGCCUGAAAACACCUACAUCAUGCUGGAUCAAGAAGCAUGAAGCGAGUGGCACGUUCAUCGUUCCCACAAUCCACCCAAGUGACAGGAAUUUUGCUAACACUCAGUCUCAUGCCUUCAAAGGUAUUCAACAAAAGCUCUUUCCAGAAUUUUUUUUUUGUCUGAUCUUUAAGCCUGUGCAGGAUGGGCAGAGAAGGGCUUGUUCACCCAUUUUCCAGGUAAGAAGACAGGCCCACACUGUGACUUGUCCCUGUUGGCAAAGACCACCCAUCUUUGAAAAGAGCUACCACCUGUCCGCUUGUUCUGCCUUCCUCCCCUGGAAGAAAGCAAAGGCCUGUGGGAUUCAUCAUGUCCUGGUAGCUGUUACUCUCUAUCCCAUUCACUUGUCAACUAAGACAUUUCAGCCUUCUGCUACGUCUGGAGUCCCAUUUAAAUCUAAUGGCUCAGGUGGUGAACAGGCCGAGCUGCUCCUCAUGAGUCCCCCCGCUUCCUUUCACUGGCCUGCAGCCCUGCUCAGAGUGUGCACAGCGCCGUGGGGACUCUGGCCUCGGGACAAGCGGGCGCUGCUGGCCCCGCGAUUGGCAGUCACUGCGGUCCCGGCGGCAGGCAGGAAGGACCGCCCCGCUCUGCCUGCCCUGGAUGAGAGGGAACUUGAAGAGCAGUUUGUGAAAGGACACGGUCCGGGGGGCCAGGCCACCAACAAAACCAGCAACUGUGUGGUGCUGAAGCACGUCCCCUCGGGCAUCGUCGUCAAGUGCCAUCAGACAAGAUCGGUUGAUCAGAACAGAAAGCUCGCUCGGAAAAUUCUACAAGAGAAAGUGGAUAUUUUCUACAAUGGUGAAAACAGUCUUGUUUACAAAGAAAAACAGGAGGCAGAAAAGAAAAAGCAAGAGAGGAAAAAAAGAGCAAAGGAAACCCUAGAAAAAAAAAAGCUCCUGAAAGAACUCUGGGAAUCGAGUAAAAACGUCCACUAAGAAAGAACCAAA